AUGGUUACUAUGAUUCAUCGGCUUUUUCAACAUCUUUAUAUUAGUUUAAUAUCGAUUAUGUCGAUAUUUAAUAUUUCAUUAAUCUAUUUGAUUGAUAUAAAUGAUGAAGAUAAUAUGGAUGAUCAUGAUGAAAAUGCAAUCAAUGAAUCCAUGUAUAAAUAUUCUGAAACAGUUACUGAAAUACCACUCGAUCCAGUUAUAGAUCUUCAAAGCCGACAAAUACCUGAUUGUAUUGUACACAAUACCAAUCAAAAUUAUAUAAGACUUGGAAAAACUCGACCUUGUCAUCGAGGUCUUAUUAUGAAAGAGGAAAAUCUUUCUUGUAAUAUUAAUGAAAUAGUAGAGAAUAAACUUGAUAUUGUUAUUGAUGAUCAAAUAAAUAAGUCAAAUGUCAAAGACAUAUUAAAAAUAAACUCUGCAAUAGACAUAGUCAGUAAUUUAACCUGUACAUUAUAUAAUGCAUUUUUAUAUGGUUUUACUCAAUUGUUUUGCUGGAAAGAUGAUAUCAAAGAUUUUACGUCUGCUAAACCGCCAGAUGAUAUAUAUUCAUUUUAUGAUAGCAAUGAAAAGAAUCCAACGAAUAUUGUUGCGAAUAGUAAUAAUGCUGCUGAAAAACCAGAUGAAUUAAUAUCAUGUUUUAAAAAAUUCUUUCUUGAUAUUCUUAAUGAUGAACAAUCACGUCAACAACAUCUUUUGAAUGAUCAAGCGAUCUCAGCAACAACAUCAAUAGAUCUAUUAUCUGAUCAAAUAAUACAAGAUGAAGAAAAUUCUAUUGAUAAAGAUAAAAUCGAUUAUGAUGAAAUGAUAUUACCUACUUAUUCAAUGAGUACACAUUUUCGAAAAAAACGGAAUCCUGUCUGUCCUAUUCAAGGAUAG